GAUGCAGCUAAAGAAAAACAACAGCUAGACUAUGUGAGGAGGUGUGAUUCCUUUAACAUGGACUAGAAGAGGAACACUGUGUCUGGGUAGAAACAGUGGACCUCCAACGUCCUGCCAUGGAGGGGUCUGCUUCAAAAAAAAAAACAGGAUUUGGACAUCUCCGAAAAGAGACCAGUGUUGGCCAUGGGUUGCUUUACCGUCAGUCCACAGCAGACUUCAGCGGUGAUGAGGUCACUCACCCCAGGAAACUCAACGGUUCGUCUGUGGAUCCACCAAGCUACCAUAACCUGCACCGGGAGCUGCUGCUCAGCCAUAAACGCAGGGGCCUACUCCUGGAGGAGAAACCGGAGCUGAAGCGAGUGUUGGAGCAGCGCAGACUGGACCUGCACAAAGAGGAAGAGAUGGCCCGACAGAGGCCUUCAGAUCUGGAGACAGAGCUUCGCAAGAGGCAGCAGAAAUUACAAGAGUAUGAGCAGGAAGAGAUCAGGCGGCGGGAGAGCCUGCAAAAGAUCCCAGAGUUUGUCCGCGUGAAGGACAACUUGAGGAGAACACAGACGUCCGAGCAGUGAGGCCCAAAGGCUCCCAUCAGCCCCUGCAGUAUCUCACCAGAGUGGCCCUAUCUGAAAGUUCACCAUCUGCUGAGUCACACAAAAAACUGACCACAGAAGCACCAACUCAGGACACAUCCCAUAGUUUGUGAUAAACUGCAAUUUUAAAUGUACUAAAAGGAAACAUGCAAACCACAAAACAAACCAAAAACCGCUUUGAAAUAUGAAAAAUUAAGCUCUGUCACAGCGUCCGAUGAAGGAAUGGCAGACAAUUUUAUAUUUAUUUGUGUGGAUCAAUAUUUGUGAGGGGAAAAUCACUGCUGUUAAGGGAAUGAAUCUCUUUUUUAAAAGCUUUUGUAUUCUUUUUUUUUUUUUCAAAUGAACUUCUCCAUCCUCCUAAAUGAAAGGAGCAUAACAUUAUCUUGUUGUUUUAUUAGUUAAGCCUCAUCAUUCCAAUGCUUGACUUUCCAUAAGAUCAAAAUGUGGUUGUUAACAGACACAUUUCUCAACAGAACUGUUUUGUAUCAAUAGAAUUCCCCCUCCCCAGGGUUACAAAUUUUGUCUAUCUGUUUGUGACAUUUGGAUUUUAGUGUGUCCAUGUCCUGUGGAAAUAAAGGCUUUUAUGGUUUGCAGAGAA